AUGACAAAUUUCGAUAAGAAAGAUGUUAUCAUGCUUAAACAGAAUGAUGCUUCCAAUCUUCCAAGUGCACAUCACUGGAAUUGUGCCCUUAGAAGGGCACCGGUAAUUAGAUUAAUGAAAUUCGUAGAGGACAACAAGGACAAAGUGAGUAAUCAUGACAGUAUCUGA